UGGCGCGCCAGAGCGAAGACGCCGGGAUGGCCAAAGCUGCAAAAGUCAAAAGGCAAAGAAAGAAGAAAACCAAGGAGAACAAAACCAGGACUGUCCACGCAAACAUACUGUAUGAUCACGCCAAAGGAGAGGAGAACCCAAACCGACACUAUGCAAACAACAAGAUUAAGACGACCAAAUACACUCUUCUGUCUUUCCUGCCAAAGAACCUUUUUGAACAGUUUCAUAGGUUUGCCAAUGUUUACUUUGUCUUCAUCGCCUUGCUGAAUUUUGUUCCAGUUGUCAAUGCGUUUCAGCCAGAACUCGCUCUGGCUCCUGUAGUUUUCAUCUUAUCUGUCACUGCCAUCAAAGACCUAUGGGAGGACUACAGAAGACACAGGUCGGAUAAAGAAAUCAAUCACAUGGAUUGUCUGGUUUACAGCAGGGCCGAGAGACGCUAUGUGGAGAAGUACUGGAAGGAGGUGCGGGUGGGAGACUUCAUCAGGCUGCGAUGUAACGAGAUCCUCCCGGCCGAUGUUCUGCUGCUGAGCUCCAGUGACCCGGACCGCCUGUGCCAUAUUGAGACCGCCACACUGGACGGAGAGACCAACCUCAAGCAGAGGCAGGUCGUCCGCAGCUUCUUCGACCUGGACUGUGAUUUUGACCCCUUGAAGUACAACAGCAUAAUUGAAUGUGAAAAGCCCAACAAUGACCUGAACAGAUUCAGAGGCUACAUAAUCCAUCGAAGUGGCAGAAGAGAUGCACUUUACAAAGAAAACCUGCUGCUGAGAGGCUGCACCAUCCGCAACACAGAGGAGGCUGUGGGAAUAGUCAUUUACGCAGGUCAUGAGACCAAAGCCAUGCUGAACAACAACGGCCCGCGCUACAAGCGCAGUAAACUGGAGAGACAGAUGAAUGUAGAUGUGUUCUGGUGUGUCAUCAUCCUGCUGGUCAUGUGCCUGUUUACUGCUGUUGGUCAUGGGCUGUGGAUGUUACAGUACGGAGAUAAGAGGCCUGUGUUUGACGUUCUCAGUCCAGAGGGGACAGACUUAUCGCCCAUCAUGUCAGCUAUUUAUCUCUUCCUCACUAUGAUCAUCGUCUUUCAGGUCCUGAUACCCAUCUCCCUCUUUGUGUCGAUUGAGAUUGUAAAGAUCUGCCAAGUGUACUUCAUCCAUCAGGACAUGGAUCUGUACGACGAGGAGACAGACUCUCACCUGCAGUGCAGAGCUCUUAAUAUCACUGAGGAUCUCGGCCAGAUGCAAUACAUCUUUUCUGACAAGACAGGCACGCUGACGGAGAAUAAGAUGGUGUUUCGGCGCUGUACUGUGGCGGGAGUGGAGUACUCCCAUGAUGCCAAUGCUCGAAGACUUGCUAUGUACCAAGAGAUGGAUUCUGAGGAAGAAGAGUGUACCUCCCACGGUGGCACCCUUCCCAGAAGGGACAGUGUGGCUAGCCACCAAAGCGCCCGGGUGGUGCUGCGCUCCCAGAGCACUAAGUCCCACCGCAGGACGGGGAGUAGGGCGGAGGCAAAGCGAGCCAGCAUCCUGUCUAAACACACAGCCUUUAGCAGCCCUAUGGAGAAAGAUAUCACCCCCGACCCUCAGCUCCUAGACAAAGUCAAUGAAUGCAGCAGUCAGAUGGACUUCAUGCGCUUCCACAGCCAGCCCAUGUCCCAGCUGCCCUCUGAACUCUCUGACAUCAUUGAUUUCUUCAUCGCUCUAACCAUCUGCAACACGGUGGUGGUGUCCUCCCCCAACCAGCCCAGGCAGAAGGUUCGGAUGAGGUUUGAGCUGAAGUCCCCAGUCAAGACCAUCGAAGACUUCAUCAAACGCUUCACCCCCAGCCGUCUGACCUCAGGCUCCAACAACAGCAGUUCCUCCAGCCUCAUCACCAACCGCUCCUCAAACAAGGGAUGCUCAAGCAUGCUGUCCUCUCCCUCGGCGGAGAGCACGCUUACCAAGCUGAACGAGGAGUGUACCAGAGGCCUGGAACACACCUUUAGUCCUGUGCCGCCUUGCUACGACGGGAAGGCCUGGACCCUGGAGGAGGGCGAGCUGCGCUACGAGGCAGAGUCGCCGGACGAGGCGGCGCUGGUGUACGCCGCCCGGGCCUACAAGUGCUCUCUCGUCGGACGCCUCCCCGACCAGGUGACGGUGGAGCUGCCCCACCUGGGGAAGUUGAGCUUUGAGCUGCUGCACACGCUGGGCUUUGACUCCACCAGGAAACGCAUGUCUGUGGUGGUGAGACACCCUCUGACCGACCAGAUCACCGUAUACACCAAAGGAGCAGACUCUGUCAUCAUGGACCUCAUCAAACCUCCUGACGCAGGUAACUCCAAAGGGAAACGCCAGAAAAAGAUUGUCUACAGGACCCAGAACUACCUAAACUUGUACGCCGCCGAUGGCCUUCGCACACUGUGCAUUGCAAAAAAGAUUCUGAGCAAGGAGGAAUAUGCCUGUUGGCUGCAGCGUCACCUGGAGGCUGAGACGUCCAUCCAGGGAAGAGAAGAGCUGCUUUAUGAGUCGGCCCUGCGUCUGGAGACAAACCUCCAGCUUUUAGGAGCGACGGGCAUUGAGGACCGGCUGCAGGACGGCGUUCCCGAAACCAUAGCCUCUCUGCGGAAGGCCGGCCUGCAGGUAUGGGUGCUGACGGGCGACAAACAGGAAACUGCUGUCAAUAUCGCGUACGCCUGCAAACUGCUGGACCCCGAGGAGGAGAUCCUGACACUGAAUGCUGACUCUCAGGAGGCGUGUGCGUUGUUGCUGGAGGAGAGUUUACACUACAUCCAGGCCAAAUUCCUCUGCAGCUCUGCCGACCAGGCUGCCAAGGCCUUCCACACUAACUUUGCACCGUGCGAGAUCUAUCCCUCUUCAUCUCCGUCCUCAUCCUCCCACACCUCCCCCUUCAUGGUGCACCGGUUGGGCCUGGUGAUUGACGGGCGCACCUUGGCGUACGCCCUGGAUAAGAGCUUGGAGGAUAAGUUUCUGGCUGUUGCGCGGAGCUGCCGCUCAGUACUCUGCUGCCGCUCCACGCCGCUGCAGAAGAGCAUGGUGGUCAAACUGGUGCGGAACAAGCUGAAGGUCAUGACGCUGGCAAUAGGUGAUGGGGCGAAUGAUGUCAGUAUGAUCCAGGUCGCUGAUGUGGGCGUGGGGAUUUCUGGACAGGAAGGCAUGCAGGCGGUGAUGGCUAGCGACUUUGCUCUCCCACGUUUCCGGUAUCUCCAGAAGCUCCUGCUGGUCCACGGACACUGGUGCUACUCCCGCCUGGCUAACAUGAUUCUGUAUUUCUUCUACAAGAACGCUAUGUUUGUAGCGCUCAUCUUCUGGUAUCAGUUCUACUGUGGAUUCUCAGGUUCAGCCAUGAUUGACCAGUGGUAUCUUAUAUUCUUCAACCUGAUGUUCUCCGCCUUCCCACAACUCAUCACUGCCACGCUGGACAAAGACGUGUCAGAAGAGACUCUCCAACAACUACCUCAGCUCUAUGUGAACGGCCAGAACUCUGAGGAAUAUAAGCCAUACAUGUUUUGGAUGAACAUGAUUGAUGCCUUCUACCAAAGUCUGAUCUGCUUCUUCAUUCCUUACUUUGCUUACGCUGACUCUGACGUGGAUCUGUUUACAUGGGGAACUCCCAUCACCACCCUUGCCUUAUUUACCAUUCUGCUGCACUUGGGCAUUGAGACCAAAACAUGGACCUGGAUGAACUGGCUGUCUAUCACCUUCAGUAUAGCUUUAUUCUUCAUGGUGGCACUUUGCUACAACGCCUCCUGCCCCACCUGCUACUCCCCAUCUAACCCCUACUGGACUAUGCAGCGGCUGCUUCAGGACCCCCUGUUCUACCUGCUCUGUGUCAUCACACCUGUUGCAGCGCUGCUGCCCAGAUAUUUCUACAGGGCGUGUCAAGGCACGCUGUUUCCCAGUCCAGUCCAAGUUGGAAGGCAGUUAGAUAAACUCCCCGCUGAAACCCGCAGGAACAUCCUCAGUCUGAGCAGGGUCAAGUUGGGGUCACCGCUCAGCCCCAAGCCUCCCUUCCUGUCCCUCACAAAGUCCUCCCCCAAAGGUUGCAAUAAAAAAGACCAGAGGAGCUUCCCCAGCUCCAAGACAUCACAGGGGCCCGUCUUACAAACAGAUGAAAUGAGAGGCCAGAGAAGCCCCCUGGGGCCAAUAGACAGUGAGAAGAGUCUCUCAGAUCUCUGCACAUUAGUUCGUACAGAAAUGGACACUCUCCCUUACACAAAAGACACUCCUCCACUCACAGGGGAGCAACAGCCUCCUCCCACCAAAGACUCCGGGUGUCUCGAUAAGACUUUAGAGCGGUCAGAUCUGAGUCUGUCCAGCUGGAUCACCUCCACGCCUCUGCUCACACAGACAGACAGCAUUGAGCUGAACCUGCCCCCUGACGGAGGCUCGCAGUGUGUUAAAUACACAAGAAACUCAGAGGAAGUACUCAAGUCUGACCAAAGCGCUCAUCCAGCACACAGGAUGGAGCAGGUGGCAGAACAGCCGCUGCAUGCCAGCCUGUGACGAGUUCCAGUCUUAAAGUAUGUUACUUAAACUCCAAUUUGCACGAUAGUUUUUUAAAAAUCUAAUUUUAUUCUAUUUUUCAAGGAGAUUCUUUUAUAAAAGAUACAAAUAGGUACUUUAUAUUAUGGAUGUAUAAAGCUAAAGUUAUUUUUGAGGUUUGGGACAUGGAAGAACUGGAAAGUCUCCUGUUUGUUUGUUUUGUAAUCCUGGGAAACAUAUUUUCACAAAGAUGCAUCUCAGUACUUGAUCAGGUUUUUAAUGUAAGAGCAGAGUAGAGACAUUCCACUGCUGGGUUAUAUGGGAGUAUGUUUUCUCUCUGAUAUGGUACCCUGCCCGUUCUGUCAGCAUCGCCUGUAAGUGACCUGUAUCAGAUGCCGCUGUGGCCUUGUAUCAGUGUUGGUUAUUCCUAAGAAGAGAUGUUUUAUAUAUGUUUUAAGUCCCGACGGAUAUAAUGUUUUAUUUUGUGUAUGCGGAUUUCCCAAAGUUUUGUAUUUACAUGAAUCAGCAAAUAGUGGCAUUGGUUCAUUGCAUAUUUCAGUCUCUGUGCUGGAUUUGCAGACACUUCUUUCUUUCUUGAGGCUGUUUAUAGCCGCUCUGUAAAAGAUUACAUUCCACUGAGUAAUGUUGAGAGCUAUUGACUUUAUGUAUAAUCACGUAUUAGGAGCACACACCAAGAAGUUUCAAUUCUGUCAUCUUUUUUUUAGCAAGAAUUUACCAGAAAUUAUGCUGUCUGUGUGUGUCCGUGUGUGUUGUGUGUGUUGUGUGUUGUGUGUGUGUGUUGUGUGUGUGUGUCUCCACUGACUCAUUGGAUCAGUUUUUAAAAGAACAGUUACAGAUUUUGGGAAAUAAGCAUGUUUUUUGCCCUGGCGAGAGUUAAAUAAGAAGAUUGAUACCACUUUCAUGUUUUUUUCCAUUCAAUAUUAAACUGCAGUUAGCAGAUAGCUAGCUUAGCUUAGUGUAAUGACUGAAAACAUGAUAAAAGACCUGCGUGGCUCUGUCCAAAACUUUAAAUUCUGCCUGUCAGCCUCUAAAGUUCACUGACAAAAAUGUUAUAUCUCAAUUUUUCAUAUAAAGUCUCGAGUGUCAAAAGGCAAGUUGUAGUGUUACGGGGAGUUACUUAUUUGUAUGACUUUCAGACAGAGCCAAGCUAACAGCCUCCCUGUUUUUUGUCGUUAUGCUAACCUAAGCUAACUGUCUCCUGGCUGUAGCUUCUUAUUUAUUCUUCUUUACUCAUUUCUUAUUUCGUGGAGACUGCUGGUUGCCUGGCAACCUCACAUUACCCCAUGUUAUUUUUAUCACUUUCGGACAGAGCCAAGCUAACAGCCUCGCCCAUUUCCCAUCUUUAUGCUAAGCUAAGCUAACUGUCCCCUGGCUGUAGCUUCUUAUUUACAUGGGAGUGGUAUCAAUCUGAACCAUUCAACUCUGUAAGAAGGCAAAUUAUUUCCCAAAAUAUCAAAGCAUUCCUUGAAGCACUGUACAGUAGGUUGACAACAAGCUACCAUCAUGUGUUUCUCAGUUUUACUUGAAGGUCUUUUUUUUUUUUUCUUUCUUUUUCUUUUUUUUUUUUUUACAGAUCAUGUAUUUCAUUUGUUGAGCUUAUUUUGCCGCAGUCCAGUUAUUUGUUUUAUUUUUUCUCUGCUGAUGUUCAGCUGUAAACCAAAAGCUCAGUGCUGAAAGAAGGUCUUUCCCAAAGUAAAAGAGGAUUCUUUUAGAUUUAACUUUGCACUUUGAAAGUUGAGAACUGCAGAUGAGUGCUGUUGGUGCUGAUGACAUCUUAAUUGUUCAGUAUAAAGAAGAUUGGAAAGUGUUGCAUAAUAAUGAAUAAUGUUCUUUUUCAUCAUGCACAAACUCACUACAAUAGUAUAGAAAAUUGGACAGAUGCUACAGUUUGAUUUAUUGUUCAGCAUUUAAAGCAGCAGCACCUUGAAUAUGUUGAUUGUUCUUCUUGUUCAUCUUAUGUCUCACUGCAGUGCAUUUUUUUUGUAAAGUGUAUCAUUUACCAAAGAUCAUUUAUAUUUCUGAAUUUUCUAAGCAAUAGUAUGUGCCUUAACACUGGAUGAGAAAUUACAAAUCUAAGAGCAGUCGCUCUCGAUGCUGUUAUUUGUUUAAAGAUGACGGUGCGUCUUUGUUCAGUGAGGAGCAUUAUAUGUUCAUGUCGAUGAUAUUUAUGAGGCUACAUGCUAUAUGCUAUGUGGUUUCUUUUCCUCUUGUCUGUUUUUGCACACAGUGCUUUUUUUCUCUGACAUGUUGUUCAGAUUCUGACUGAACAGUCUGUCCACUUUGUUUUAUAGGUUUUGUCUGUUCUGUGCUUUUUGGCGUCGCACUUUGUGUGCCAGAACGAAGCUCGAGCGUAUUCACUCAUUGCAUUCCAACAUAGCCACUUUCAAAAAUUCCUUACAGGAACAUUCGCUAUGUCUGCACGUGGCCUUGAGCAUAUCCUGAGCUCUGUUUGUGGGCUUUUUCAUUUGUAUUUUGGUCACAGGGUAGAUAGUAGAUAGUUUCGUAUGUUGUAACACUCAAAAGAGGGAUUUUUUGAGUUCAGUUAUCAUUUGAGGUAUUCAUCUAUAUCUAAUAGAUCCAAAAAUCACACAGUUCUAGUUCAGUCCAGCCUCUCAGAGGAGAUGGUUGUAGCAAACUGGAUACACUGCAAAGCUCCUGCCCACAUCAUCGAACGCCAUCAGCAAUUUGGGAAAAAACAUGUUCAGAUUUACAAUUUGAGAUUAUUUCUUUGUGAUUUGAGUGAAAGGAAAACUCAGAUAUCCAUGGCUUCUUGUGAACAAAAUAAAAAUGUUA